GCCAGCCAGAGGCACGGAGGCGCUCAAGUGACGCUGAUAUCUGUGGUAGCACGGGCUCGCGUCUUGCGCCGCCUGUAGCAUCCGUGAGACGCGGAAAAAGCGGGAAAAUCCGUGACGCAGACGAGAAGCGCGCAUGACAUCGAUUGCGAACGCGGAGCCGGCGAGUGAAGGAUGGAUGCGCGUCUGGGUGCUUCUAACGCUGCUGCCCGGACGGUUUGACAUGCAGAUGUAUAGCAGGCGCAGUGAACAUGCAUUCGAGGCAGUAUUUGCCGGUUAGAAGUACGCGUGGUACGCUUCCGCGUGUGUUUAUCUCGGUGCUACCGCACCGCCGUACGGCUGGGAUUAAUGGUGGCGUGUGAACGCGCUUCGCUGGGGGCAGACGAACCGGCACACUUCGUAUGUGGCUCAGAAACAAUGCGUGGAACGGUGUAGUCGGUUUUAAGAGUAGCCGCUUGUGUACGGAAAAUAGAUAUGCGUGCCUACAGAAACGCUUAGAUGUAGGGCUAACCAACCCAACGGGAAUACCACGUCAUGUGGCGUUCUAGAAUUUCGUUAGUGAUACGGCGUCGGUAGCAUAAAAGACGAAUGUUUUGAAACGUCGUGUGCCUACCCUCUGUUGUGUUUGCAACGAUCUCGCAUCACUAUGUAGAGAGUGUAAUCGCUACAGAGUCAGCAAGUCACUCGGAGGUCUUCGCGAGAGAGACGGAUAGAGAGGAAGAGAGAGAUCGAGAGGAGAAAGAGAGAUAGAGAUAGCUAGAUAGAAAGAGAGAUAGAGCGAGAAAGAGAGAGAUACACAAAAAGGUGUACCGUUGAAGGGAACGAUGUGCACGGUAAAACCUAACGGAAACAACCACAUGGCCGACAUGAAGAGUUCAAACUCCAGCUCCAAUGUUCAGUUCGAGUUGGGGAGCCGAGCCGACAUGGAUAGGGACCAUCUCCAGGAUGAAGGCACCGAUGCUGAGAAGGAGCGUCUGCGAGACGACCCCUCGUUCAGUCCUGGUGACUCCGCGGCGAACCCGGUGGUGGGCGGCGCACCUCCCAUCAUCCCGUUCCAGUUCUCGCACCUGGACUUUCCGAAACCGAUAGAGAAGUAUUUCGGCGACCUGGCGGAUCUGAGUAAGACGAAGCACCGGGGCAAACACCCAAAGGCGACAUUGCAGGCAACGGCCUACAAUUUCCUGGAGCGUCCCAGCGGCUGGAAGUGCUUCAUCUACCACUUUAUUGUAUUCAUGAUGGUACUCAUAUGCCUUAUAUUCAGUGUUCUUUCAACGAUAGACCAAUACGAAAAUUUUGCACAGAAAUCUCUAUUCUGGAUGGAAAUAGUGCUUGUGUCAUUCUUCGGGGUAGAAUACUCAGUGCGCAUAUGGUCCUCGGGGUGUAGAAGCAAAUACAUGCAUCUGAAGGGUCGCAUUAAAUUUGCCAGAAAACCGAUAUGUAUCAUAGAUUUAAUCGUGGUGAUUGCCUCAUUGGUGGUUUUGGUGGUUGGGUCUAAGGGGCAGGUGUUUGCAACAUCGGCUAUCAGAGGAGUCCGAUUCCUGCAGAUCUUGCGCAUGUUGCAUGUUGACCGGCAGGGAGGAACGUGGCGCCUCCUGGGAUCAGUCGUUUUCAUUCAUCGUCAGUGCCUUUGGAGGUGCUACUCUGCAGAUAGGAACCAUACCUCUAAGGCAACAUGGAAAAUCCACCUCCCCGAGAGCACCCAGGUGAAGGGGGUGCGCUCUGACUCUGCUAUGGGACGCCUCGCUAAGAAGGCCACCAUGCUGAAGCGGCGUCGCUCCAAGUUAAAGUUGGAGGUUUGCCUGUCAUCUUCUAAUCACAUACUGAAAGGGCAGGAGGCAGACGAAGACGUUGUUUUCUACACAGAAGAACCCAAAGCUGGCACACCGAAUCGCCACCGAGGAGAGGGGCGAGCUCAACUGUCCAGCACCACUACCAGCUUGGGAGGCGGGGACAUGGCCAGCGACGAUGUAGACAUAGAUAACGAGCAGAAUUACGAAAAUACGCCGAGGAUUACUCAGUUAACGGACACACACAAGGCAGCGAUACGAGCCAUACGCAAAAUAAGGUAUUUUGUAGCAAGGCGAAAGUUUCAGCAAGCUCGCAAACCGUACGACGUGCGGGACGUGAUAGAGCAGUAUUCUCAGGGUCAUCUCAACAUGAUGGUCAGAAUCAAGGAACUACAGAGAAGAUUAGACCAAACGUUAGGGAAGCCGGGUUCAUAUGUAUCGCCACAGGAGAGAGGCAAGCAGACGGUCACGAUAGGCGCAAGGCUGCUGAGAGUAGAAAACCAGAUAAAUAACAUGGACAGAAAGCUAGACAACAUCUUGUUGCUGCUAGGCAAAGUGGUUAACCAGCGACCAGAUUCGUCACAGCCACAGAGAGCAAUUCUGCCACCAAACUCAUCGACCAUGCCUCUGAUGUAUAAUACGUUCGGCCCAUCAUCCUCGAGUCAGUCAUUGAUAAAGGAAAAUGAUGUGUGAAACACCGGGGAAGAUAGCUAGCUGCGCACCUCACCGUCAUUGGAAUGGUAGCGGGCUAGAACAUGCAAGCUGGAGCUUCCUCUCCCGCCCCUUACUGAGAGAGGAGAUUGCCCUCCUCCGCCGAAUACACGGACGUGUGACAUCGAACCUCCGGCAGCUUGAAGCCAGAGAGCAUGUUGCUAUCGGAAGAGCUAUUUCUACGCGUCAUCGCCGAUAGCUUGAACACAGCGGCUCUCUGCGCUAUACGCACAGUUGUGAGCAAAGGUGGCACGUGACGUCAGAGGCAACAGUGCGAAGGAACGUCGUGACUGGUGAUAGCGGAGCGGGUGCGGCACACCAGGUGAGAUAGGCAGUUGGAACCUCUCACGCCGUGUUCGUGUGAAUCACGCGCAAAUGAGAGGGGAGCCCAACGAACUUCAUGUUUGCAGUGCAUUCCCAUAGAUUACCGAAGUAAUACCCUCAUUGGGAUUGUUUGUAUUUGUGAUUUUAUGUAGCUCUCUAAUACAUAUUGUGCCGUGGAGAAACAAUAAUUUACCAAGCACAUUACUGUAACAUCAAACUGCAUGCAGUGCCCCUUCGCUCACUCAGGAUACCACUGCCACAAUGCUAGCACUAUUUUUAA